GUUUUUUUCUUCCUCGCCAUCCUGAUGCCCAAUGCCGACGCCACUCAGGGGUCCUGGGCCGACCGGACGUAUUGGGCCAUCCUCUUCUUCUUUGCCGCAUUUUUCCUGGCGGUGAACGUUCACCCGCUCGGCAUGUCCUGUGACGAUGUUGCGGGCAUGUCCACGUGGUGCUGGGACCCUUCCAUCGCCACAGCCGCUACGAAGAAGGACUGCACGCUACAGGGCCACACAGCUUGUCAGAUGCUGCAGCUGUGGAUGCUGGUCAUGCCCUACGUGCUACCUCAGUUUGACUGCUGGUCCUACACGUUCGUGUGGCUU